GAAACAUUUUGCACAAUCUCUCCCCUCCCCUCACUUGAGAGGCGGUGUUGGUGCAAUGAUGAAAAGUUUGGGGAGGAAUGAUUACAUGCGUGACACACCUUUCAAGCUGGCACUGAUAUAUCAACGCUGGUGAUACACGCCAGACGGCAACAACUUCAGAGGGUCGAUCAACUGUGACUGCUUGCACUGACCAGGCAAUCUUGGACAAAACUCGGUGUAGCACACAAGUAACACCAUGUCAGCUCCAGCUUCUUCAACCAGUCCCAUACCAUCUGGGGUGAAAGUGUGCAUGACAUUUCCAGAGAUCUUGAUGUUUGGUGAAUUUGUUUUUGGUGGCCUCGUUUGGAUCCUUGUGGCUUCGGCUCGAGUUUCAUUUGCAGCUGAUCAAGGCUGGGUGAUGUUUGUUUCGGUCUUCUGCUUUGUUAUAACCACAUUGCUGCUCAUACUGUACAUGGCUGGAGUUCAGAACAGUUCAUCGGCGUGGACUGCAGUGGAUGUCUUCUACCACUUCAUUGCAGCUGUGUUUUAUUUAAGUAUUGCCGUUCUGGAGGCUAGUGACACAAGGUUUUUAUUAUUUGGGAUUGAAAGAAUUCACAGAAUCAACAUUGCUGCUACAGUGUUUGCAUUUUUGGCCACUUUGCUUUACACAAUACAUGGGAUAUUUUCAAUACUGCGAUGGAAGUCCUCCUCAUGAACCUCAAGACAAGCAGCAAAUGGCAACAUUUUACCAGAAGCUAUUGCCCCCUUCCCAAACUAGCUCACUACUCUUUCCUUAAUAUUGUUUGAUAUCAUUCUCAUUGCAACCGCAAUUACAGCAUUUUAUAUAGAACCAGGAAGGUAAACGGUGGAACUAAUAGGGUACAAAAAUAUAUUUAACGUUUUUCAUAUUGGGAGUACUAAAAGCUGCAAAGGAAAAUGGAAAUCUGGAACACCCUCCACUAAAAAAAACUAAACUAAUUUCAAGCUGUGAUUGUCAGAUUUUUGUUCGGUAAGCGUAUCAAUAAUUAUAGAACUGAGUCAGGUGGUUGAAUUUAAGAUGCAAGUGCAGAUCAUCCAUAAUCUAAUUGGCAGGUGGAGGAGCUGAAUCAUCUGCUUUUGUUCCCGCAUUCCAUAUCCCAUGGAUAGCUUGUAUCUGGUUUACACCACAUGUCUUACUCAAACAGUUGAAAGAUUGAGAAUCCUGAAGCAAGUUUCAGGAGGUUUGAAAUCCAGUGUAAAGACUUUCUUGUGGACAAGUUUCUCUCCCCCUCUCUCUCAGGUUGAAAAUUCCCAAUGAAUGGUUAACCUUGUAACCCCUGACUAUAGGGAGGAAAAUUUGGGGUGGAUUUUCCUGUGUUUGGGUGGGGCAGCCAUGGUGGAGAAAAAGAGAGCAGAUGAGAUCACAAAGCUCAGAAAGGAGCCGGUCUGAUCAUUUGCUUAUUAAUUUUAAAGGAUGGAAAAUCAAUGAUGCUGCCUGAAUGCUGUGGAAUUCUCCCCACCCAAAUUCUCUAUAUUGUUUACCCAGGAGAGUCUUUACACCUGAAAACUCUGCCUUUAUACUUUGAACUCUUGCUCUUGGAUGUAUAAUAAAUCUAUUGUACUAACUGAGUUUUUAAAAGAAUAACUUGAUAAUCUAUUUUUCAUUUUGUUUAAUUGGUUCAAAACAAUUCCUCUUUUUGCCACAUUGUACCGGAUUUGUGCUUUUGCAUUUUGGCUGGAGGAUUAUUUGACUUUGUAUCAAAUAUUCUUACUUUUAAAGCCUAAGCUGAUAUAUGUAUCAAGGAAUUUUAUUUGUGGUUUUUACUGUUUAAUAGGAAAAUAAUAAAAUAUACAAAAAUGUAUUGCCAAA